AUGUUCCGUGAGCUCGCAACUGCGGUACCUUCUUCAGAAUCUGUUGGUGGUUUCAGUGAACAGAACACACCGUUCAGCUCAACUAAAAUAACGAAUAAAUCCAACGUUGUUGAGAUUCAUUUCGAUCCGUUGGUAAUGCACACCAUUUCACUGCUGCGGUUUAAUCACAAAAUUAAUUGCUAUCGGGUAAGAAUGGGACCGCCUCCAUCAUUACCUGUGUUCAGUCCCGCCAAAUUAAAUUUGUCUAAUUCGCAAGACAUGGCGAAUGAGUUUUCGGAAGAGAAUAUGCAGCUGUUACUCAGAAAAGCGGUGGCUGUUUUAGCAGCUCAUUUAGGUUUUAUUACUUGCUACUCAUUGAAGAAGACUACUGAAAGAUUUCGUUUAGAAAUGGAAUCAUCUGUGGCAUUUCUCAUAUCACGCAUUGUUGCUGCGAGAAUAAAACGAAUGUGUUUUAACUUGAAUCUUUCACACCAGCGACGAGUAGAGGGCAGAGAAACGGCAUUCCCUUCAGCACUGAUGCAUGCGCUUCGCUUGGAGAAUAUUAGGGAUGUCACAGAACUGCAAGAAUUCUAUAGGAAUCGCGUCGUCUUCUAUCACGAUCGAGUAUUAUUUUCUUGUACACAAAAAUAUGAAAAAGCAGCGAAGAAAUUUGCCGCUUUUCAAGCUAAGAACAAUCGUUUUACGGAUGAAAUUUCCUUAAAAUUUACUCCUUAGGAGCUGCAACCAAAGAUAAGGCAAAAUAUAGCAGUGUCCAUUUCCCUAUUUCUAACUGUAUGGUAACUUUAAACGUUUAACUUUUGCAGGCCUUAUAGUCUUCCACAAACUAUCAAUUAUGCUUUAUGCUUUAAAAAAUGAUUUUAUUCUAUUAAAUUGUCAAGUCCCACCACUCUUUGCCGAUGUAUGCCCACUAAUAUUUCUUCCACACAUAAGUAAAUCGAC